AUGCAUUUGGAAAACAAAAAGGAGUUGCAGCAACAAGCCGAACGGUUGGGGAAGCUCAUGCCGUCUACUAGGAGUGCCACUGGGCAUCACUGGAAGGGGGGUACAGAGGAGAAGAGCAUUCUGGAUGCCCAUAAGAGGCUACAGUCCUUUAAGGCACAGCUGGACGAGGAGAAGACACAGUAUAGGAAGCUCUUGAGAAUACGCCGAGCUCGUGCGAAUACGGAGGGGAACGCCACUGCUGCACCUGAGGUCUCUUCCUCCUCGUCUGCUAUGGUCCAGGAUGAGGACACUAAUACUAAGAUACUAGGAUUGGCGGAUAUGCUGCCCACUGACGAGGCUGAAUACCAGAUCCACGAGGCUAAGGAGAAUAUACAAAUGAUGGAGAUGACGCUGAAGAAGACGGAAUCCGACUUGGUAGAGCGGGAGAAUCGACUGCAUGCCGAGAGGACGUUGUUCAACAAGGAGCUCAGAACCUGCAACUCCCAUGAGCAGAGUGCUUUUGGCAACUACCCCUGUCUGGGGAAGAGCACUGACGGCCUCCUUCCGGGGAGGUACCAGUUGAUGACCAUGAUUGGAAAAGGAGGAUUCUCGGAAGUAUUCAAGGCUUAUGAUUUGGAGACCCACAGUUACGUCGCUGUGAAGAUCCAUCAGAUUCGCCCAGACAUGACCGAGGUAGCUCGUGAGGCUUAUGUUAGACACACAUGGCGAGAGUAUGGUAUUCACAAGAGGCUGAAGCACCGUCGAAUUAUACAGUUGUACGACUACUUCCCUAUAGACUGCCAUUCCUUCGGUACAGUCCUCGAGUUCUGCGAGGGCGUUGAUCUCGACACUUACCUGAAGGCUCAUGGGCCGAUACCGGAGAAGGAGGCCAGGGGCAUCAUGGUCCAGGUCUUCAGUGGACUGCGAUACAUGAACAGUGCUGGUCAUAAGAUCAUUCACUACGAUUUGAAGCCAGGGAACCUCAUGUAUUACGAGGGGAAUAUUAAAAUAACGGACUUUGGUUUGUCGAAGCAAGUGGAUCAACAUCAAAACCACGACACGGUGGAGCUCACCUCCCUCGGCACUGGGACGUAUUGGUACUUGCCUCCUGAAUGCUUCGACACUUCGGCCGCUAAGAUCAGCAAUAAGGUGGACGUUUGGAGCUGCGGCGUUAUAUUUUAUGAGCUGCUCUUCGCGCGGAAGCCUUUUGGUGAAUCGCUCAAGUCGGCCGCCUUUUGUAUGAUGUCAUUCAGGUCAUGGGAUUAG